UCGAAAUGAUUUGGACACCUUUGUCUGCUCGCUUUUUUGUCUUUUUUCUAGUCCGGAAAAUACUUGAGUAACUUAUUUUCGGUGAGACUGUUAUUUGAAGGAACCUGUUCUAAGGCAAAAUAUUUUCAUAUAUGACAAAACAUACCGGACAGAACAUUGGUACCUAUACCUAUGGAUAUUAAGGCCUAAUUAUGUUAAGUUAGAUUGUGGACUAUAGUUUUUUUUUUAUACUACGUCGGUGGCAAAUAAGCAUACGGCCCGCCUGAUGGUAAGCAGUCUGCCAGAUUUACAUGCGCGUUGCCGACCCUAACACUCCGCACCCUCGCAUACCUCGGCUUACUCAUAUCGGUAGGAACACACUAUACAGAUAGUUGGGUAAUUUUAUGCCACCUGAAGAGAUGAAAUGAAACCACCAUAAAAUUUGAUUACAGAAUCGUGUCGCUUUCCACGCAGCUCUAGAGGGAGCAGUUCACUUAGUGGACUUGGUUUUCCCCGCACGACCCCCACCCCACGUGCCUGAACGUUGGUGGGGGGAGAACCAACACAAAGACACCAGUAUUAGGACGUUUACAGUGCGUUUCUCUGAUCAGGUAAGACCUAUCCUGGCUUUCCCCGCGUAACCCCCACCCCGCGUGCCUGAACGUUGGUGGGGGGAGAACCAGCACAAAGACACCAGUAUUAGGAGGUUUACAGUGCGUUUCUCUGAUCAGGUAAAACCUGUCCUGUCGUUCCCCUCGCCACCCCACCCCGUGUGUCUGAACGUUGGUGGGGGGAGAACCAGUACAAAGAUAAGUAUUAGGAGGUUUACGGUGCAUUUCUCCGAUCAGGUACGAUCCAGGGGCGUUGACCAGGGUACGGCAAGUUGAUAACGCUGAAGGCUUAGCGGAGGGUAGAGGAGAGGAGGAGCAUAAUAUAGUAAUAGUAUGCAAUACCAGCUCAGCCACAAGAUUUAGCUCUGAACAUAGGCUAUUUCUCCAUAAAGUGCAGUCCUGCGCGCUGCGCAGGCCAUAUCCACCGACUCCCAGUCCUAGUUGAGGGCCAUCCUGCACAGUACUUUCCUGUUCUUUCUUUCUCUAAGAUGGCUAUGCGUAUUUUGUAAUAAUUUGUUUUUUUAAGAGUAUUAUCCAACAGGAGGAACAGGAACAUCAGGUUUGGCUAUGGGCCUAUAACGUGAACUUACGAGCGGGUUUAUGAGUAUGUGAAUUUCUUUGCGGAUAUAGCUACUCGAUGCGGGUGGCUGUCGCUCUUCGCUUGGGCUGCGAUGUUUGCGAACCUCACAUACACCUGCGGCACUAUGGUUGAGAGUAAUGGUCAUCAUGCGUUGAGUUGUUGUCGGUGUGCGGGGAGGUUUCCACGGCACCAUGCCCUAAAUGAUAUUGUAAGGAGGGCACUUUUGUCAGCAAAUGUACCGAGCUUGAUGGAGCCUCCAGGACUAAGUCGGUCCGAUGGCAAAAGACCUGACGGGCUGACUCUUGUUCCAUGGGAAAAGCGUGUCUUCUCUGGGAUGCCACUUGUGUCAGCACUUUUGCCGCCUCGCACAUUGGCCGGACUGUCCGAACGGCAGGAGCCGCGGCUGAAUUUUCGGCACUCCAAAAGCGCGAUAAGUACUGCUGUCGAGGUAUAUGUUUGUCCCGUUGGCGGUGGAGACGUCCGGGUGUUGGUGUGCCGAGGCCACAAUUUUCUUGGGCGAAUUAGGGUGGUGGUUGAGGGAGAGGGUCAUUCCUGAUGCAGAGGCUGUCUAUCGCGAUUCAGCGUGGUAACGCGGCGAGCGUGAUGGGCACCUUUGCGUCUGGGAGGGCUCGGGACGGGCUGUUUGAUUAGUUUUUGUAUUUGUGUCUUUCUGUUUGUUUAGUUUUACUUCUAUUUAGUUUAUAGUCCAUUUAAAUUUUUUUUUUUUUGAGUAAUUAAGAAUGUAAUAGUUUAUUAAAUAUAAUAAAUUUUAUAUAAUUGAUUAAAAACAAUAAUAAUUGAAUGAAUACAUUUAGUAUAUAUAGCUAUUUAAACAUAAAUUCCAUACAAAUAUGAAACUUGACUAGGAAAGCUGAUACUUAUUUUUUUUGAUUAAUGGUUAAAAUUGUUAAAUAUUGCAGAUGAUAUCGGACUUACGCCACCGAAUACACUACCGUCGAAACUUUACGAAUGCGCUACACGGCGUCGCAAACACCUACGGUACCCACUCCGCCUACCUCGCUCAUUUUCUGGACCACUGGGCUUACAAAUACGACUUUGGGGCAAGAGAAGACUGGCUGAAUAGCUUCCCACAAUAUGUCACGAGUAUUCAAGGUCUAGACAUCCACUUCAUCCACGUGAGACCUCCCAACCCUCGCAAGAAGGUACUUCCAAUCCUGCUGCUGCACGGGUUCCCAGUCACAGCCUUCGAGUAUGUUCACGUCAUUCAGAACCUGAUGGAGGAGAGAGAUGACUGCGACUUCGUGUUCGAUCUCGUCGUGCCGGACUUACCUGGAUAUGGGUAUUCAGAGGCAACAUCCAAGCCAGGCAUGGCGCUGUACCAAAUGGGCAUCAUCAUGAAGAACCUGAUGCUGCGCCUGGGCAAGCCGCAGUUCUAUAUCCACGCCGGGGACGUGGGACACGUGGUGGGCGAUGCUAUUGCUACACUUUUCCCUGAGAGAGUACUGGGAUUCCAUACUAAUCUUCCUAUUAGUAACCGUCCCCAAUCGCUAACCAAAUGGGUGCUAGGACAGCUGUACCCGCCAGCAGUGGUAGACGCGAGAUACGAAGACCGGAUGUAUCCUUUAUCAGCUCGGCUUCAGGAAUAUCUGGAGCACUUCGGCUACUUCCACAUGCAAGCUACUAAACCGGAUAACGUGGGACACGGCCUCGACGAAUCUCCAGUGGCCUUAACUUCCUGGCUCCUCGAAAACAUCAUGAUGGGCACGGACCGCACCGGCCAGUUCGCCGUCGGCGGGAACCUGUCGAAGCACUACGACAUGAACGAUUGGCUCGACACCUUUACCAUCUACUGGGCUACCCAGAGUAUGACGACUGCUGUGCGGUCGUAUGCCGAGUUCCUGGCAUUGAAGAGAGACCCGUUGUCGUUUGGCAUUUUGAUGACUCCGACGCUCGUCUUGUUCGCCGCGAUCAACUUUCGCUACGAGAUUGUGUACAUGCCCGACGAUUUCCUUCGAGACAAGUACCCCAACCUGCUGCAGACGACCACGCUGGACUUUGGCGGACAUUUCGCUGGCUUCCAGGUGCCUGUGGUGCUGGCUGACAGCAUAUGGACGUCCGUGGCCAAGAUGGAAAUGGUCCGUAGAAACCAAGGCGCGAAACCUUAAUCUCACAAAAAUAUUAGUUAUAAAAGUAGUCUGUAAGGAACUUGUAAUAGGUAUUAAGUUAUAAAUAGAGACAUUAUAACUAUUAGCAUUAGUUUCAUUAUGGCGGUCUUCAUAUUUGAUGUAGAUCGACAGGCCGGUCCAAUGUGCGAGCGGAACAUUACUAAACAAGCAUAGCGUUGUCUGGCUUACACACCGGAGUGGCGUGCCGAUCCGCAUCAGUAUGAGCACCGCGUAAAAUUCUUUAGUAGCCCCUAGAAGGAAAAAUCCCAGAAAAUCAUAAAU